AUGUCUGCGAGUCAGGAUUCCCGAUCCAGAGACAAUGGCCCCGAUGGGAUGGAACCCGAAGGCGUCAUCGAGAGUAACUGGAAUGAGAUUGUCGACAGCUUUGAUGACAUGAACCUCUCAGAGUCACUCCUCCGUGGCAUAUAUGCCUAUGGUUUUGAGAAGCCCUCUGCCAUCCAGCAGCGAGCCAUUCUUCCUUGUAUCAAGGGUUAUGAUGUGAUUGCUCAAGCCCAAUCUGGGACUGGGAAAACAGCCACUUUUGCCAUAUCAGUUCUGCAACAGAUUGAACUAGAUCUAAAGGCCACCCAGGCCUUGGUCCUGGCACCCACUAGAGAGUUGGCCCAGCAGAUACAGAAGGUAGUUAUGGCCUUAGGAGAUUACAUGGGUGCCUCGUGCCAUGCCUGCAUUGGGGGUACCAAUGUACGUGCUGAGGUGCAGAAGCUGCAGAUGGAAGCCUCUCAUAUCAUUGUGGGUACCCCAGGCCGUGUGUUCGACAUGCUUAACCGGAGAUACUUGUCUCCCAAAUACAUCAAGAUGUUUGUACUGGAUGAAGCUGAUGAAAUGUUAAGCCGUGGAUUCAAGGACCAGAUAUAUGACAUAUUCCAGAAGCUCAACAGCAACACCCAGGUGGUUUUGCUGUCAGCUACAAUGCCUUCUGAUGUGCUUGAGGUGACCAAGAAGUUCAUGAGGGACCCAAUUAGAAUUCUUGUCAAGAAGGAAGAGUUGACGCUGGAGGGUAUCCGUCAAUUCUACAUCAAUGUGGAACGAGAGGAGUGGAAGCUGGACACACUGUGCGACUUGUAUGAAACCCUGACCAUUACCCAGGCAGUCAUCUUCAUCAACACCCGGAGGAAGGUGGACUGGCUCACUGAGAAGAUGCAUGCCCGAGACUUCACGGUCUCUGCCAUGCACGGAGACAUGGACCAAAAAGAACGAGACGUUAUCAUGAGGGAGUUCCGCUCUGGCUCUAGCAGAGUAUUGAUUACCACUGACCUACUGGCCAGAGGCAUUGAUGUACAGCAAGUUUCCUUAGUCAUCAACUAUGAUCUCCCCACCAAUAGGGAAAACUAUAUCCACAGAAUCGGUCGUGGCGGACGUUUCGGCCGUAAGGGUGUGGCUAUUAACAUGGUGACAGAAGAAGACAAGAGGACUCUUCGAGACAUCAAGACCUUCUACAACACCUCCAUUGAGGAAAUGCCCCUCAAUGUUGCUGACCUCAUCUGA